UCCGGGAAAAUAUUGCGGGAAAGUUAAAGCGUUGACAACAUUACAUUCGCGUUAUCGCCAAUCGAGCUUGCUAAAUUAAACCCAGUACCAACAUGAGAACUUUAGAAGAGGUUCAGGCCACACUGCAGAUAGCGAAAGUAAAAGAAGAGGACCUGCAGCCCACCUCUUAUUGUCUAGGUUUUGGAGCUAAUGUGUCGUCCGGUGAUUACUGUCUGAUGGAGUUGGACGACACACUCUGCAAACACAUUGAAGCAGGCAAAAGUCUUAUAAUCAGAGGUGAUAAAGAUGAGCAUGCAGUUCUGUGCAGUGAUGACAAGACAUAUGACCUAAAAAUUGCAGACACAUCAAACCUGCUGCUGUUUGUUCCUGGAUGUAAAACUCCAGAUCAGAUGACUGACAACCUAGCAUCUCCUCAACUCACGCACGCCCAGAUUUGGGGUUUUUCAAAUUGUUACUGGGAGUUGAGAAGGCACAGACCAAAGUUAAAGAAACUGAAGAAAAUUCUUAUGGAGAAUCCAUAUAAUGGUCCACCGGUUGGUAUGCAAGAGGAGGAGCCAGGACAGAUGUACACUAUGGAUGACCUUCUUGAGAGAAUCCAAGCAAGUAAAGAUGAAAUUGAGGCCCAUCUCAAGGUCAUUCAUGCGUGUGAGAUUGAUGGUUUUUGGAGGCUCCUGGAUUUUGAUUAUGAGAUGAAGCUCCUGGGUCAUGUGACCCAGCUGGUAGACUCAGAGUCUUGGUCCUUCAGCAAAGUCUCUCUUAAUGUCUGUUUGGAGGAGCUGGGACCCCUUGAACCAAAAGCCAUGAUAGAACAUUGUCUCAACUGCUAUGGAAAACGCUACAAUAAUGAAGAUGGUCAGGUGAUGUACGCACUGGAUGAGGACAAAGUAUGCAGGGCCACAGCUCAGCUGUUGCUGCAGAAUGCUGUGAAGUUUAACCUGUCAGAAUUCCAGGAGGUUUGGCAGCAGAGCGUCCCUGAGGGAAUGACCACUAGACUGGAUCAGCUCAGGGGUUUAGCUCUGUUAGAUCAAAGCUCUAAACCAGAGACCAUCUCACUGCUACGUGUAGAAGAUCUGCCCGAGGACACAUUGGAGCGAUUCAACAGUCUCUUUAGCCUGAGAGAGAAAUGGACACAAGAUGAUAUUGAGCCGUAUAUACAGGAUCUGUGUGGAGAAAAGCAGACCACUGGAGCACUCCUGACCAAACAUGCCCGCUCGUCUAUGCUAAAUGGGAAAAAGGUUUAUAACUCAAGACGACCAGUAGCAACUUGAUAUUUAAAUAUGCUUCUUUAAAUCCA